GAGCGAAACGAAGCAGGACAAAGUAGCAUUUUUAAAUGAACACCCAGGCGACGCAUGAGUCGAAUUGUUUGCCCCUACCGGUUUCUCCUCCGCAGUGGCGGUAAUAACGUCGCGGCAGUAGUAACGUCACGGCAGUAAUAACGUCAGGGCAGUAAUAACACCGUGGACCUUCGCGUAAAGCAUUUCAUCUUCGCCCCACGCGACAUCUCUGUAGCGAAUCUGCCAAAGUAGAUUUUUUAAAAUCGCCAAAAUUUGAGCCCCCCCCCCAAAAAAAAAUCGCCAACUUUUCGUUUGCCUGCCCUCGCAACCAUGACCAGUUAUCGGAAGGCCUACCACGCGGGCUCCUGGUACUCUAGCAGUGGCCGCGCGCUGAAGAACUCCAUAGACACUCAUUUCGAGAGCAUCAGCUGCAAGAAGCAGAGCGUGAAAGCGGCCAUCUGUCCACACGCCGGAUAUGACUACGCGCUGCAAACGAAUUCCCACGUUUACGCCUGCAUCAGCGUAGAGAAUGUAAAGAACAUCUUCAUCCUUGGCCCCAACCACCACAUAUACAACAAGGGGUGUCUGUUCCCCCACGUGGAGAAGUACGAGACUCCGUUCGGCUUCCUGCAGAUAAACAGGGAGGUCAUUUCGGAGAUCCUGCAGAACGACGUGGACCACCUGUUCGACUUCAUCGGGGACGAGGACGACGAAGAGGAGCACUCCAUCGAAAUGCAGUUGCCCCUGAUCAAAUACAUAAUUAAGGAAAAGGACAUAAAAAUAAUCCCCAUAUACGUCGGCUGCAUCGGGAAUGACAUCCAAAAGAUAGACCGCUUUUGCAACCCGCUAAAGAAAUACUUCCAAGACGAGGGCAACCUGUUUCUGUUUUCGUCUGACUUUUGUCACUACGGAAGAAGAUUCAGCUUUACCAACAUUCUGCAAAAGUACAACGACACGCACAUCUUCAAGCAGGUGGAGAACAUGGAUCGAGACGCAGCCAGCAUAAUCAGUCGCCACGAUAUAGCAGACUUCAUUGAGUACCUGAACAAAACGCACAACACCAUCUGCGGGUCGAAUCCGAUAAAGAUGAUGCUGCAGCUGCUCCAAGACCUCCCCGGAAAAGUGUCCACCAAGCUGAUGCACUACUCGCAGUCGAACCAGGCGAGGAGCGCGAACGAUUCCUCCGUGUCCUACGCGGGGAUGGUGUCCUUUAUUAAUUAAUCGAGCCCCCGCGCUUCCAUAUGUGCAUCCCUGCGGAGGGGCAAUUUUUUACAAGUGGGCACCCGCGCGGAAAUGCACAGACGCUCAAUUGUGUGCCCACUUGCGGGAAAAAAUUCAGUCGGCCAAAGGCGCCCCAUUAAACAAACCAUGGCUUGUCUUCCAAUCGGAUGAUGCAGUGGCAUUUGCAACAAAGUUGUGGGGAAAAAAAAAGGGCAGAUAGAAGGAACGCGAGAUGUGCGUCAUGCGGGUGGGAAGCGGUACAUACGGC